AUGACAUCGCGUGAGAAAGCCUACUACAGACUUAGAGUUGUUAUCACGUUAAUCCUCAGCGCAACGCCGUUCUGUUUCAUUUGCAUGGAUGAAGCCGUCUAUUCGAUCUUAUCGAACGUGUAUUACUUCACCGGUUUGGUACACGUGGACUAUCCAUCACAUUAUGAAAUGAAGGUAUCGGGUAAAGGGGAGAGCGCGAAAAUGAUGAGAAGCAUCCAGGAAGUGUUCUCGCCAUUGACGUCAGACAUUCGUGAAAGAGAUGACAGGUAG